GCCGUGUGUGAGUGUGCGUGUACGCGCUCGGAUCUGUGUCACCUUCACUGAUACCUGUCCUACUCGCACCCAUCGGCGAUGACAAUCGGUGCAGUUUAAGCCAUGAGUCAGUUUCGGGCGUUAGCGGGUGUGCUGAGGAGUGGGCGUGCCGGGGGGAGUCAGUGGCUGCGAGGGUGUGGAGGAGGCCCGGCACGGCGCUGGGUUGAUCCCAGGAGAGCCUGCUCCUCCGGGGCUGCGCCUGUUCCCUCAGCGGUGGUCAGUAGCUCCAGCUAUGUGGAGGAGAUGUACUUUGCCUGGCUGGAGGAUCCUAAAAAUGUCCACGAGACUUGGGACGCAUUCUUCCGUAACAUCCAGGCCUCCAGUCCGUCUGGCGAGGCGGGUGAGAGACGCCCCUCCGCUCUGCUCCAGGGCCGAGUGCUGUCCCACUCACCAGACAUGGCGCAGAAAGUGGUGGAGGACCACCUGGCUGUGCACACUCUCAUUAGAGCCUACCAGAUUCGUGGUCACCAUGUUGCCCAGUUAGAUCCUCUGGGAAUCCUGGAGGCUGACCUGGACUCCUUCGUUCCCUCUGACCUGAUCACCAGCAUCGAUAAGUUGGGUUUCUACGGUCUUGAUGAGUCUGACUUGGACAGGAGCUUUCAACUGCCCCCCACCACCUUCAUCGGAGGAGGAGACACCACUCUUCCUCUUAGAGAAAUCAUACGCAGACUAGAGACAUCCUACUGCAGUCACAUAGGGGUUGAAUUUAUGUUCAUUAACAAUGUGGACCAGUGUCAGUGGAUUCGUCAGAAAAUUGAGACUCCAGGAAUCAUGCAGUUCACUAAUGCUGAGAAGAGAACUUUGUUAGCCCGCCUGAUCAGAUCCACACGAUUUGAGGACUUCCUGGCCAGAAAGUGGUCAUCAGAGAAACGUUUUGGUCUGGAAGGCUGUGAAGUGCUCAUCCCUGCCCUUAAAACCAUCAUCGACAAGUCGAGCGCUGCAGGCAUCGACAGUGUGAUCAUGGGGAUGCCCCAUCGAGGUCGACUGAAUGUCUUGGCCAAUGUCAUCCGUAAAGACUUGGAUCAGAUCUUCUGUCAGUUUGACCCCAAGUUAGAGGCUGCUGAUGAGGGUUCGGGUGAUGUCAAAUACCACCUUGGGAUGUACCAUGAGAGGAUUAACCGUGAAACGGACAAGAACAUCACACUGUCACUCAUGGCAAACCCGUCCCACCUGGAGGCAGUGGAUCCAGUGGUUCAGGGCAAGGCCAAAGCUGAGCAGUUCUACAGAGGCGACACUCAGGGAAAGAAGGUGAUGUCCAUCUUGAUGCAUGGUGACGCUGCAUUUGCUGGACAAGGUAUUGUGUAUGAGACUUUCCACCUAAGUGAGCUGCCCUCCUACACCACACAUGGGACAAUCCACGUGGUGGUCAACAACCAGAUUGGCUUCACUACAGACCCUCGAGUGGCCCGCUCCUCCCCCUACCCCACUGAUGUGGCUCGGGUUGUCAAUGCACCCAUCUUCCAUGUGAAUGCCGAUGACCCUGAGGCUGUCAUGUAUGUGUGCCGGGUGGCUGCAGAGUGGAGGACCACCUUCAACAAGGAUGUCGUCAUUGACCUGGUUUGUUACAGACGGUUUGGCCACAAUGAGAUGGACGAGCCCAUGUUCACCCAGCCUCUGAUGUACAAACAGAUCCGUCGGCAGGAGCAUGUGCUGAAAAAAUACUCUGACAAGCUCAUUGCUGAGGGUGUGGUGACACUGCAGGAAUUUGAGGAAGAAGUUGCCAAAUAUGACAAGAUAUGUGAGGAGGCAUACACCAGCUCCAAGGAUGAAAAGAUUUUACAUAUUCGACACUGGCUCGACUCCCCCUGGCCAGAUUUCUUCACAGCAGAGGGAGAACCCAAGAGCAUGAGCUGUGUCCCCACAGGACUGGAUGAGGAGGUUCUGCAGCACAUUGGCCAGACAGCCAGCUCAGUGCCUCUGGAAGAUUUUAAGAUCCACCCUGGUGUGUCUCGUAUCCUUCGUGGUCGAGCUGAGCUGGUGAAGAAUCGGCAAAUGGACUGGGCUCUAGGAGAGUACAUGGCUUUUGGUUCCCUUCUCAAAGAUGGCAUCCAUGUGCGACUCAGUGGGCAGGAUGUAGAGCGGGGCACCUUUAGUCACCGUCAUCAUGUUCUACACGACCAAGAGGUGGACAAACGUAUCUGUGUUCCCAUGAAUCACCUGUGGGCCAAUCAGGCUCCUUAUACUGUCUGCAACAGCUCCUUAUCAGAGUUUGGAGUGCUAGGUUUUGAGCUUGGCUUCGCCAUGGCAAGUCCGAAUGCGCUGAUCCUCUGGGAGGCCCAGUUUGGAGACUUUAACAACACAGCCCAGUGUAUCAUUGACCAGUUUAUUAGCUCGGGCCAGGCCAAGUGGGUCCGCAACAAUGGUAUUGUGCUGCUGCUGCCACAUGGGAUGGAGGGAAUGGGCCCAGAACAUUCAUCAGCUCGACCCGAACGCUUCCUGCAAAUGAGCAAAGAUGAUCCCGAUCAUUUCCCUGAGUUCAGUGGAGAUUUUGAAGUCCAGCAGCUGAAUGACUGUAACUGGAUUGUGGUCAACUGCUCCACACCUGCUAACUACUGUCAUGUGAUCAGACGGCAGAUUCUGCUGCCAUUCAGAAAACCGCUGAUCAUUUUCACUCCUAAGUCUCUGCUAAGGCUCCCGGAUGCAAGGUCCAGUUUUGAUGAUCUAUCCCAAGGCACUAAAUUCAAGAGGUUGAUUCCAGACGAGGGCCCUGUGAAUCAAAACCCAGCCCAGGUGAAGAGAGUAAUCUUCUGCACUGGCAAAGUCUAUUAUGAACUGGCUAAAGAGAGGAAACAGCAAAAAAUGGAGAAAGACAUCGCCAUCAUCAGACUUGAACAGAUCUCUCCGUUCCCGUUUGACCUGGUCAGAGCAGAGGCAGACAAAUACGCCAACGCUGAGCUGGUCUGGUGUCAGGAAGAGCACAAGAACAUGGGCUACUACGAUUAUGUCCGGCCACGUUUCCUCACAGUGGUGGCCAACAUGAAACCCAUUUGGUAUGUGGGACGGGACCCUGCAGCUGCUCCGGCAACAGGAAACAAGUCCACUCACCUCAAUGAGCUGAAGAGGUUCAUGGACACAGCUUUUAACCUGAGCGCCUUUGAAGGGAAGGACUUGUAACAGAGAACUGGAACAAGAACCAGGCUGGAGGUGCAGUUUCAUCUCCAACCACCAUGGUCUAUUUAUUAAGUCUUCAGGUGGCAACUCUUUUAGCUUUGUAAUAAUCUGAAGCAUAAUUUCAACACUCGGUAAUCAUGUGUAAAAGAUAAGUCGGUAAUACUAACUGAGUUAUGCCUGGAUCACACUAUGUUGUUCCCUGGCUCUAUGUCAAGUUUAUGUAACACCCUUAAUCAUUAUAGCCUUUAUUUGGAUGAGGAAAACCUCCCCAAAAACACCUUGUCUGUGAGAUCGGGUGGGAAUAUCAUAUCAUGUAGACUGAUCCCGGCUUUACUGGAAGAAUCUGCACUUAAUUCAAUCAACACUAUUCGGCACCUUUUUUAUACUUUUACAGAAUAAGUGCAGUGUGUGUAUACACCUCAAAGUCUGUCUAAAGAAAGCUAGACACUAACACUUUACAAUGAGAGACACAAAAUUUGGAGUAGUUACCAGGGAACCAAUGAGAAACGACUGAGGAACUAACUGCUAGUGAACCAUUACUUAAUAUGUAACUUGAAUGUUGAUGUUUUCCAAUGAACGCUUUUAUGUUUGAAAGGCGUGACUGCUCGUUCGGCAUGCAGAUGUUAGACUUGAGAGAUUAUCAUAUACUGUAUCACGCAUAUUAAGAGAUAAGAUAAGAUAAGAUAUUCUCUGAUUUGUUCCUCCCUUGUUUCUUGAUUAACUAAACAUUAGCUACUUAUUACUACUAUAACAUUUGAUAAGGAGUUAUACAAUAACUAAUGGUUCACUAGCAGUUAGUUUCUCAUUUAUUCCCCGAGAACUACUCCAAAUUUUCCAGUGUCCUUUAUUCUAAAGUGUUACCAACUUAGAAGCAUAGAUUUUCAGCCUGCCAACAGUGCUACACCUCCAUCAUCUUCAUUUCAAAAUAAAUUAUACAAACAUUGAAUAUAAUGUAAUAAGACAUAGUUAUCUAGUUUAGUGCUGAAAUAGCAAUAGUAUACUCUUUGUACCUCUAAUAACAUUCACACACCAAAAUCCAGAUUUGUGACAAUCACUUGUUAUUGGAGUAGCUUUAGUACUAUAGAUACCUCCAUUGCUGCCACUCUGAAUAUUAGUAUAUUUUAGUAGUAUUGAUUUGUAUUUGUAGUGUUUUUAUAGAUGUAUAGCAGGAGCUAAGAGACGCACACAAAACACCAACUUAUACAAUGACUGUGGAUCACAUAUCACAGGUAUGAAGACUGUUCUGAAAUUUAACACAUGAGUAGGUUUAGUGCCUCUGUUUGCUUUGGCUACCUUAGCUGCUAGCGGAGGAGUCUGUAUUUAUUGUCACACCUCACUUCACCAGGAGACAUGAGCCAGCUGGCACAGAGACUUGCAGCCAUGUUUUCUACUUAGGACAUAAGGCUCGGCUUCCUCUUCGGAGGCUUGAGGGAUGCGCACACGCAAUAAACACCACACGUAAACACAGCAAAAGCCUUGGAAGCUUUGAGAGCAAUAUUGAUGCCUGGCUGUCACAUUAAAAUCCCCAGGUAGUUAACAGAAUUGAUAUUGGUUACCACUGUGCUUAGAAAUGCUCCAUAAAACUAGGCCUCCGGUUUAGCUAUACUGUAUCUUACCUUUUUCCACUUCCAGC